ACUGACACGCGUUCGUACGGGGUGGAUGACGUACACGGCGUAGAUAUAGGUUGGAAAAUAAGAGUAUAAAAGACAAAGUCGAAGCUGGGAUUUUCAUCAGUCGCUUGCUAUUUCGAGUUCGAAAGAAGCUCAAGAAACCCAACAAAAUGAAAUCCCUGUUGAUCCUUUUCGCCAUCGUUGCCGUCGUUGUGGCCUUCCCUGAACCAGAACGAGAACGCCGUGGAAUCCUUGCGGCUCCAGCCCUCGCAGCCCCAGCAUGGGUUGCUGCUCCCAAAAUCGCUGCUGCCCCCGUUGCCAUCGCUGCUCCUAAACUCCUUGCGGCUCCAGCAGUUGUAGCUGCUCCCGCCCUAGCCGCCCCCGCGUGGGGACUGAAAGGAUGGUAAAUCACUAUUUAAUAUCCCGGCGUAACUGGACCUGAAGUAUUACAGUGAACAUCGACGAUGGGAAUUUUUUCUCAUCGUGAAAAAUUCGAAUUUGGCGAUUGGUCACACCCGACACCCCUUUUCGGCCGCAACUCCGAUCGAUCCCCUAUAAUCGGCGCCAUGGAAAAUUAUACAUUUCCCCCUUCCCAUUGUAAUUUAAAUUUUUCUAUCAGAUAAUAAACUUAUUUUAAAAACCACAAAAA